GAGGUAAGCAUUUAUUCAUAAAUAUUUUCGGUUUGUGUUGGAGAAGUACCAAAAAUGGGGGGGCACUUUUUUUGGUCCUCCCUAGGGAUAUUUCUUCUGGCCACGAGCCAUAUAGAGGCUUGCUGUAGCGAGAAGGGGUUGUGUCUGCUUGAAACACUAAAAGAUUUGAAGGAAUGCAAGAAGAACGCUUUGGCGUCGUUAUUCAAGCCGAAGAAGAUUUCAGAUGACUGCCUUGAUGGGCCACCGACUAUUCUGUUGAUGCCGGCCAACGCGCCGCCACCACCAGUGUCACCGCUUCUCUAUGCUUCGGCCCCACCGCCGUGUUUACCUCCACCUCUUCUAUUUCCUCCGCCGCCUCCGCCGUCAAUUGUUUUACCCGCGCCGCCCCCUUGUGCGGCUCUGCCGGCGUUACCACCACCGCCUGUAUACCUGCAGGCGCCGGCUCCUCCACCUCUUCUACUGCCUCCCCCGCCUCCGCCACUCGUUCUACCCGCGCCCCCAUGUGCGCCUCCGCCAUUAGUCCUCCCGGCGCCGUCUCUUCCACCGUGCUUACUCCCACCGCCGCCUCAAGUUGUCUACGCGGCACCCCCACCCCCGCCCCCGCCUCCGCCGCAGCCGUUGUUGUUGCAGGCACCGCCAUCACCGCCUCCACAACUCCUAAUGGCUCCACCACCGCCGCCUCAACAGGUCUUGCUGCAAGCUCCUCCGCCGCCUCCACCGCAGAUAGUGUACCAGAAGCCUGCUGCGCCACCAGCUCCUUUACUGCUGCAGGCGCCGCCUCCUCAGUACGCGCCGCUUCCUCAGUACGCGCCGGCUCCAUUAGCGCUGCCGCCUCCGGUUUGUCCGCCGCCACUAUUUCUCCCUGCUCCCGCGCCGCCGCCGAUGUACUUGUCAGCUCCUCCGCCGCCACCGGCGUACUACCCCGCGCCGGCGCCGCCGUGCAGCUGCGCGCCGCCGCCGCAGCCCAUCCCCGUGAAGAGCUUCAUCGUGGCUCCGCCGAUUCCAUGCUCUCUCGAGCCCAAGCCGCUGCCGCCGUGCAAGUGCAAAUGCAAAUACUUUUAAUACUUUUCUAUAGUUUUAAUCCUAUUUAUUACAAUAAACACAAUUUUCAUAAAUUUACAA